AUGGCGGAGCUCUAUUUGCAAGGCCAGCGCUUUGCUGGCCACAAUAGAGCUCCCCGUUUGCUUGCGAACACCUAUUCAUCCCGGUCGCGAGACAAUAGCAGUGCCCCUACCUCCAUUGCAUUAAUCAAAAAGCAGAGAGUGCUCAGUGACGAGCUCGCUUCCUUCAUCUCUUUGCAACACCUCUCCAUCACCGAUCCAAACAUUCUACAAGAUUUCUAUUUGCAAAUCGCUGAAGCGUUGAUCGCACAGCCAUCUCUACCAACCAAACUCCUCGCCAAGAAACGUCCAAGUAAAGCAUUCUACCACAAGCGUUCAGUGCCAUAUUCCGCCGGUCGGAACUCGCACCACGCAUUCCGGAAGCAAAAUGUCAUCUGUCAACGACUUUCGCAAGAUGGCAUGAUUUUAUCCCAGGCUGGCCCUGGCGAAGAGUCUGGAUCAUCUUCACCCUUGUCCUCAGCUCAAUCCUUCGUCUCCGCAGAGUCUACCUUUAGAGAGCUCAUCGAAACGCCUCUCGACAAGGCGAUCGAUGUGUUUCACCCUGCAUAUCAAUUUCCAACAUCAGAUCUCCGAGAGACCGGUCGUACGACUCUUGAGGAUGUUCUCAAUAGUCAUGACGGCUAUCGACCACUUCAGGAGCGCAUCAAUCGAAGACUGGAUAGGUCGUUGACCGCAGGACGCAAGCGAAGCAUACAGGAUCUUUACCCGUGGCCUCCUCCAAAGCGGCAGAAGCUCAAGGAGAAGCCUCGAAAACUCACUCUGGACGAAUACGCAAAGCGGCCAGCCGCCAAUGAUGAUCCAGAUGCAAUGUACGAGGGCUACAUCGAGCCACUCUCGCCUGAAGACUACGUCCAGCUCGUGGAGCACGAGUACCAAACAGGCAAACCCGAUUAUCCUCCUCAGUAUACUUUUCUGUACAAGGACUUGAGGCAUUGGCCCGAUACGCACCAGAUCAACAAAGACAGAAGCUUGAAUCCCAAGAUCGCCAAGUUCGAGUAUCACGCUGAUGGCAUCACUCGCUCGCCUGGUCCCUCGAAUCGUCGUGGUAAAGGCAAAGGCAGAGGUAGGAGCAACCUUGGUCCACGUGGUAAUGGCAAAGGCGACCGUCAGCCUGACGAAGCUCCCAACAAUGAACCCGAACCUGAGAACGAUCGUCCACAAUCAUCGGGAGAUUAUGUCAAGGCGCUAAUGGAUCGCCAAAAACAGCUGAAGAAAUUCUUCAAUCACGUCUACCAACAACAAGCAGAUAUCCUGACGGAUUUGUCAACACGCGACAUCAAUCGGCUGCUAAGGAAACCUGAUCACCACCGGGAACAGACUCAAUAUGACGCCAUUGUCAGGAAUCUCACAGCGCAACGGACUGAAAGAGAAGCUCUGUUUCACAAGGAAUUCGAGGCCAAGCGACAGCUGCUAGAGAAACAGAGAGACAACGCAAUCGAGGUCGAUGAGAUGCAAUACCUGAAUCACAUUAACAAGGCCAGCGACGAUGCACGUACAGUCGAUGAUGCUGACGAGGACUACUUCCCCAACUACAACCAUUCCAAUAUCGAGCGUCCACGCGGCUACAACUCGCUGGCUAUCAGUGAUGAGAAGGCCUUCUACCAACACCUGCAAGCUGUCGACGAAGAAGCCCUCAAGGACGUCCUCGAAGAAGAUCUAUUUCAGCCUAUGCGCGACUCACUAGCCAAGGAGAACGCUGAACGCAAAGCAGAAGAAGCCAGGAAGAAGACCCAGACCCUGCCCGCAUUGACCCAUGAAGCUAUUCAAGAACUCAAGAAGAUCAGAGGCUACCUGAUCCCGAGACCACUCAAGAACACCAGACGAAACGAUGAAGAAGGCAAUGUGCACGGGGAGGAUGAGAACCAGGCUUGGGCGUUAUCAAUCCUUGCCGACAUCUCGGAAUGGACAGCUGUAAGAAGCGAAGAAAAAAGGGAGCCGACGUAUCGCUACAUUCCUCUCGCUCCCGGCGACAUGUAUCCACCAUAUGCUCUCAACAUGCACCCUACUCCUGGCGCAGAUCGACGCAGACUUGAACAGAACAUCAGGACUAUUGCUCGCGAACGAGCUGACGGACCCUUUAAGAGAGGAACGCCUGUUCCAGCACCAUACUCACGUCCGAAUCCUCCACCGCCAAUCGACACCAACACUGGUCGUCGACGACCUUACGCAAGACACCGCCGACCGCCAAUUGCACCUGCUCCCUCGCGUCGUCAAUCGAUGCAGAUGCCGCCACCACCACUUCCGCCUUCUGCCACCACGCCACGCAGUGCGGUCAGCACACCUGGCGGCAGCGAUCGCCGCUUCAUCUUCCAGCAGCCAAAAGGCAUGGCGGGCUCUCCGCUGCAACCGCAGCAGCAGCAACAUCAGCAGGAUCCUCCUGCUCCUCAACAGCCAGCUAUUGUUGGCGUCAAGAGCACCAUUCCGGUGCAAUUCAUCAACAACACGCCGGAUUCAACGCGGCAGAAGGCCGCGAAGAAGGCGGAGAAGAAGCGGGUGGAGGAGGAGGAGAGGAAGAAGAGGGAGGAGGAGAGGGAUGUGAAUGGGGUGAUGGGUGGAGAUGGGAGGGGGAAUUCGGGGGGGUUGGGAAGGGUGUUGAUGCCGCGUCCGGGAGGAUUUUAG